AUGUUCACGUCCAAGUCGAACUCUGUGUCGCCAUCGCCGUCCCUGGAGCAGGCCGACGCGGACGCGCUGGACAUCAGCACCAAAGUGCAGCUCUACGGGGUUCUGUGGAAGCGGCCGUUCGGGAGGUCUUCGGCCAAGUGGUCCCGGCGGUUUUUUAUCAUCAAAGAAAGCUUUCUACUUUACUACUCUGAGAGUGAAAGAAAGAGCUUCGAAACCAAUAAAUACUUCAACAUACAUCCUAAGGGUGUCAUCCCACUGGGUGGCUGCCUAGUGGAGGCCAGAGAAGAGCCCAGCAUGCCCUACGCCAUGAAGAUCUCACACCAGGACUUCCAUGGGAAUGUCUUGUUGGCUGCUGAGUCUGAGUUUGAGCAGACGCAAUGGCUCGAGAUGCUGCAGGAGUCUGGGAAGGUGACCUGGAAAAAUGCCCAGUUAGGAGAAGCUAUGAUCAAAAGCCUAGAGGCACAGGGGCUACAGCUGGCUAAGGAGAAGCAGGAAUAUUUAGACAAGCUGAUGGAGGAGACAGAAGAACUGUGUCUUCAGAGGGAGCAGAGGGAGGAGCUCGAGCGCCUGAACCAGGUGCUGGAGGCUGAGAAGCAGCAGUUCGAGGAGGUGGUGCAAGAGCUGCGAGUGGAGCAAGAGCAGAUCAAGAGGGAGCUAGAACUCACCGCAAGAUGCCUCAAGGGUGUAGAACAGGAGAAGAAGGAGCUGAGGCACCUUACAGAAUCCUUACAGCACACGCUGGAGGAACUCUCCCUAGAGAAGAAGAAAACCCUAGAGAUGCUGGAGGAAGAUAAGAAUCAGCCACAACCAUCGGCCAGUCAGAGUGAGCAGCCACUUGCCAGUGAUGGUCUCCAUAGCAACCUCAGGCAGAUUGAAGAGCGGAUGCAGGAACUUUUGGCAGAGAAGCUUCUGGCAGAGAAGCGGAUGAAGGAGAAUGAAGAACGCUCAAGGGCCCUGGAGGAGGAGCGGGAGUUCUACUCAAGCCAGUCUCAAGCCCUGCAGAACUCACUUCAGGAGCUGACCGCAGAGAAGCAGCAGGCUGAGCGGGAGCUCAAGGCUGAAGUGAAGGUGCGUAUGGACUUGGAGAGACGACUUCGAGAGGCAGAGGCAGCCUUGAGAAGCUUGGAACAAGGGCUUAAUUCCAAGGUUCGGAAUAAGGAGAAGGAAGAGAGGAUGCGGGCUGAUGUGAGCCACCUGAAAAGGUUCUUCGAGGAAUGCAUCCGGAAUGCAGAGCUGGAGGCCAAGAUGCCGGUCAUCAUGAAGAACUCCGUGUACAUCCAUAAGGCAGCCACCCGCCGCAUCAAGAGCUGCCGUUUCCACCGUCGCCGGUCCAGUACUUCCUGGAAUGACAUGAAGCCAUCUCAGUCCUUCAUGGCCUCCCAGCUAGAAGCCAACAACAUAGAAGAGCUAAAGGAGGUGGCCAAGCGGCUAAGCCGAGACCAGCGCUUCCGGGAAUCCAUCUACCACAUCAUGGCCACCCAACCUGGGGCCUCUGCGCUCCCUCGGGGAGGGAAAUGAUGGGAAUCCUCCUCCACCUCCUUGGUAGGGGAGAGGGGAAGCCUGACUCCUCUUGGCUCCUCUCUGCAGGGCACCAUCAGGAAGGGGUACACUCAUUCUCAAAGGAGGUAAUACGUCCCUCUGCCUCACCAAGUCCUGACCUUGGAGAUCAGAAGGAAGUGUUGAGCCCCUGGAACUGAAGUUAUGGAUGGUUGUGAGCCACUAUUUGGGUGCUGGGAAUUGCAUCUGGAUCCUCUGGAAGAGUCACAAGUGUGCACUUAACAAUUGAGCCAUCUCUCCAGGCUGAAGCCCUGGCCUUGGGUCUCCACUGGGUAGGUGGGUCCACACUGGGUAGUGGGUCCAACUGGGUGCUACCUAGCUGUCAUGAUGAGGCCUGACCAUGUAUAGUGUCCGUUGGUCAGGAAAAGAAAAUGUUUAUUCUGCAAGGACAGGCAGGGCCUGCCCACUGGCUGAGGACCGAAAGACUUCCCUGGUACCCACCAUUCCCAUCUGUGACUCUGAUGCUCUGCCCCUGGUCACGGGACACCCCCCAAACUCUCUUUACCCCUGUUCCUCUCUGCAACUAUUGUCCGGGCCCUUCACUUAUUCCAUGUCCUUGGAGAGGGAAGAAUAGGCUCUAAGACACAACUCCACGUUCACAGCACCCAUACCCUCUCUGCGGUAUCUGUUUCCUGGGGGCUGCCCUCCUAUUUGCAAGUGAUCUUCUCCAUACACAGCCUCAACAACCUGUAAGAGGGAGCGGGAGAAGCGUGUGAUCCCACUCGGUUCUUUCCCAGCCCGGAUAGGGAGCCCUCGACUCCGGGGGUUGGGGGGUGCUUUUCCCCUGCAGUUCACACAGCUGGAUUAGGAGUGAGGCAGCCAAGGCUCCUGUAUUAUCCACAGUCAGACAGAGCUACGGCUGCCUCGGGCUCUUGUGAGCCUGCUGCCCAGAGAUCACAGAGCUGUGUCUCCCUCCCGACUGGCCCACCUUGCUGCCUCCACUCCCCACAGCAGCUUCACUUGGUGAAUUAACGCAGCCAUGAACCCACCACAGGGGCACUUGGGUCUUCGGUGAGCCGGUAGCCACGGGUUGGUUCACUGUUGUCACAGUGGCACUAACACCAGCCUGCAGAUUUUGUGGAAGACCGCUCCCUUUCAGGAGGCCAAGGACUGUGGGAUGUGUUCCUCACCUGUGACAGUCUUCUGGGCCCAUCCCUUACAAGCUGCCUGAGUCUAUCAUUCUUUCCAAACAAGCCUGGGGGUGGGGUAGAGCUACGGCUCAGUGGUUAAGAACCCUUGGUUCUCUUACAGAGGACCCAGAUUUGCUUGCCAGCACCCACAUGGUGUCUCACAACCACCCGUAACUGCACUGCCAGGAGAUGCAGCACCCUCUUCUGACCUUCACAGGCACCGACAC